AUGCCUUAUCGUUCAUUCGUUAUACAUCUGUUACAUGAAAACAGCGUCAUUAAUUGGCAGCGUCUAACGUAUGCCACAUCAUUCAAAACGCUUCAGAGUCAACUCGAGGUUUUCAAUGGGCUAGCAGGUCGCGUUGAAUUUCGACUGCCAAGAUUACUUUUUGGCUCGACUUCUGUCUGCUCCUCAAACAUAUGUACAAAUUUUUGUACUUUGCCAAUCUUAAUGAACUUGAACUUUUUAUCCUGUUUGAUGAAAGAGGGUACUUCGGUGGAUUGGUCCCUGAAGGCGUACUCCAAGCCAAAGUUGUCCUCUGUAGUGAUCAAGGCAAUGGACGUCUUUUUGCCGGUUGGGGAUUGGGAAGUCGUUUGCGCUAAACGAACUGGGGAUCCAGAAGGUUUGGGAGUGAACUCAGAAAAGUUUGUCUGGUUUUUUGGACUCUUUGCGGGCGAGUUUGUCCGGGUACUAGUUUCAGCAACUAGGAUAGAACCAGAUGAAAAGCCUGGUUCUUCAAUAUUGGCGCGGUCGCGGCUAGAGUUAAGUUCAUAG